GCCAUGUCCUUCUCGUCCUCGAUCUGAGCCGUGACGACUUCUCUUUACCGUCCAGCGCAAAGACCACUUUUGUCGUGCAUUUGUGCACAUUACCCUCCUUCGUUAUUGUCAAUUGUUUUUAAGUCCCGAACGCGUCUCGCGUCCUUGUUUGGUCUCGCACGCCAAAAGUCACUCAUUGAUUCUCGCAAACUACACUCCUUUCAAUAUGCAGUACUUGUCGCUCCUCUUGGGAGCUGCUGCUCUGGUCGCACCAGUCUUCGCGCAAACAUGGACUACCUGCAAUCCUAUGAACGUGACUUGCCCGAAUGAUCCCUCGCUCGGCAUCAGUCAUAAUUUCGUCUUCAAUUCCUCCGAUACUGUCACCAAUUCGUUCAAUAUCACUGCUGGAUCCCUGGUCUAUGGUACCAAUGGAACCGAGUUCACGAUCAACAAGAAAGGCGACUCUCCCACCAUCCAAUCGCAGUUCUACAUCUUCUUCGGAUCUGUGAGUGUUGUUAUGAAGGCUGCUUCCGGUCAGGGUAUCAUCUCGUCAAUUGUGUUGGAGUCCGACGAUCUCGAUGAAGUUGACUGGGAAUUCUUGGGUGGAAAUGGAACGCACGCCGAGACGAACUAUUUUGGGAAAGGAAACACCACGUCUUUUGACCGCGCUAUCUACUAUCCUACUGGUACUGACAACCGAGACAACUUCCACAACUACACUGUUCACUGGACUUCGGAUCAAUUGCAAUGGUACAUCGACUCCCAAUUGGUCAGAGUUCUACCAUAUGCUUCUGCCAAUGGAGGCUACAACUAUCCACAGACCCCCAUGACCGUUCGUAUGGGUAUCUGGGCUGGAGGUGACUCUGGAAACAGCAACGGGACGAUCGAAUGGGCUGGUGGGUUGACGGAUUACAGCCAAGGUCCAUACACCAUGACAGUUCAAAGCGCCCUUAUCAGCGAUUUCUCGACCGGUUCAGCAUAUCAGUGGACCGAUAAGACCGGAGAUUGGCAAAGUAUCAAGGCUAUCGCUGGUAACUCAACUGCGGCCGAGACAAUCCUCAAAGCAGACACACCGACCCUUUCCAUGGCUCAGAAAUGGCAAGCCCUCCCUCAAACAACCAAGAUUGCGGUCUACGCGGGCAGUGGAGGCGCUGCUGCAAUACUCAUCGCUGCCUUGACUUUCACCUGCAUUCGUCAGAGGCGCGCUGGUAGAAAGGAGCGCGAUGAUUAUAAUGCAAAGGUUGAGAAGGAGCGUGAGGAGGCAUACCGUGAUCAGAUGGAACUCCGUGAAAAGGGACUCGGCGGUUGGGAUCAAGGUGCAUAUGCAAAGCAAGGUGAUGAUGCACUCGGUGGAUGGGGUGGAGCCCACGUUCCUCCAGGAUACGCAGCUGAUGCACCAGCUUUGCCAAAAAUGCCAUCGAACGUUAUGGUCAACGAAGUCCCAUCAAGAAUGAACAGCCCGGCCUUUGAAAGAAGCAUGAGCCCAGUCUCACGACAUCAGACGCCUGCUCUGGUCAGCCCAGGCCCCGAGAGCCCAAGAACCUGGAAUGGCGGCAAUCAAGGAGGUAUGAUUCACAAUGCAGGCAACGCAUACUCUGGUGGAUAUGGUGGAUCUUCGAACAUUCCUAGAAGUCCCUCGUUCCCUCUGGGCAAAUCAGUACCUCCUCAACGCGGGUUCUCGAGUGGUGGAUAUCAAAGAUUCUAACUCUGAAUGGCAGCGUGGUAUAAUCUCUUAAUGGUCAGGAGUAAUUGGAGUUCGAAGAUACACAGAGCUCAUGAAUAUAACGAUGGAAGUGCGCAGCCGGCACUGUGUACUUCUACAUGUACAAUGUCUGGAUCAGUGGGCCUUUGUUGUGUUAAGAUAGGAUUGCGGAUAUCAAAUGAAUGCAACAAUUGAAAACAUCCUCGCGAUGAGGGCCAUGCUCAAAAUGUGCUUGUAUUCCAUUCGAGAGCUAGUCCUCCUCGCCAGGUUCUUUCUUCUUCACUGGCGCAUCCUUUCUAGCAGCAGCUCCUGCAUACUCAAAGUUCCUCUUGUUCAAGCUCUCCCUGUACUCUAAAACAUGCGCGGGUAUUUCAGCAACCUCAUUAUACGGACCAGGGACCGGCUCUCCAAACUGCUCGUACAAUGGUAAGACGC